CCACUCCGCCAGCGAGUGUGUGUGUGUGUGAGAGUGUGUAUAUGUAUGUGUGUUUCCUCGCAAACUUACCAUCCCGGAGCACACGACAGCAGGACAAAACCUUCAUCUGACCACAACGCAACACAAUGCCGCCUUCCCGAAUCAUCAUUACCGCUGUUUAACGCGCGCGUGCGGAGCGGGACAGGUGCACGAGGAGUCAUUAAUAAUAUCACCAUCAUCAUUACUGAGAAAACCACAGCUUCAUUAUAAAGUUUAACACCGAAACCGCGGCACUUGGCGUGUUUUUUUGUUUCUCCGUGCGUAAAAACGCAUGGGCAUCGGCGGAUUCCAGGAGUCAUCUCUGUACAUUAAUAACAAUAAUAAAGGCGCGAACACGAGAGCCUUUCUGCAGGACUGCGUUGAUAUUUUCUCUUCUUUACAUGUGACAGCUCGUGAUUACAUGCAUCACCCGAUGGCUGAAUGCCUUUAGAUGAUCACUGGCCACCGAUUUAACGUGGAAAUCACCGGGAGAGGACAAUGUUGAUGAAGGAAUACCGGAUAUGCAUGCCGCUGACCGUGGAGGAGUACAGGAUUGGUCAGCUGUACAUGAUCAGCAAACACAGUCAUGAGCAGAGCGAGAGAGGAGAGGGUGUGGAGGUGGUGCAGAACGAACCCUACGACGACCCCAACUACGGCUCCGGACAGUUCACAGAGAAACGCAUUUACCUCAACAACAAGCUGCCCAGCUGGGCUCGAGCCGUGGUGCCCAAAAUCUUCUACGUGACGGAGAAAGCCUGGAAUUAUUAUCCUUACACCAUCACCGGUAAGUGCUCUUUCCUGCCAAAGUUCUCCAUCCACAUCGAGACAAAGUACGAAGACAACAAAGGCGUCAAUGACCACAUCUUUGACACAGAGCUCAGAGAUGAAGAAACGGAGGUGUGUAUUGUCGACAUCGCCUACGACGAGAUCCCAGAACGCUACUACAAGGAGUCUGAGGACCCACGGCAGUUCAAAUCCCAGAAGACAUCCCGGGGAAUGCUGAAGGAGGGUUGGAGAGACACGCAGGACCCCGUCAUGUGCUCCUAUAAGCUGGUGACCGUGAAGUUUGAGGUGUGGGGACUUCAGACACGCGUGGAGCAGUUUGUGCACAAGGUGGUGAGGGAUGUGCUGCUGUUGGGUCACAGACAGGCUUUCGCUUGGGUUGACGAAUGGAUUGAUAUGACGAUGGAGGAAGUGAGAGAAUAUGAGCGAGCCACUCAGGAAGCCACCAAUAAGAAGUUGGGAACCUUUCCUCCAGCCAUUGCCAUCAGCGAGACACCGCUGCCAGCCUGUGCCCGCAGCGGGCCGUCCAGUGCACCCUCCACACCGCUCUCCACCGAAGCUCCAGACUUCCUAUCCGUGCCCAAAGACAGACCGAGGAAGAAGUCCGCUCCAGAGACCCUGACUCUUCCCGACCCGGCACGCAGAGACUCUGCCUUCCGCCUUCCCAGUCUCUUCUCCUGGGGCUCCAGCAGCCCGCAGCCUGAGUAAACCACAGUUCUGGCCUUCGUUUAGCAAAACACACCUCUGCAAUGUGUCUGUUUGACACUCAAUCAGUCCCGCUCUAAUGCUGAAACAUAUUUACAGUUUCCCAAACAACAUACACAUAUACAUACAUGCAAAUACACACACACCCACACACACACACAGACACAAACGGAAACACACUCCAUGUAUCAGUCCUUCUUUAAUGCUGAAACAUAUUUACAGUUCCCAAACAAACACACACACAAACAGAAACACACACAUACGUACACAUACACACAAACAGAAACAUACACACACUCAAACAUAUAUAUAUACACACACACACACAAACAGAAACACACACAUAUAUAUACACAUGCACACAAACAGAAACACACACUCAUACAUACACACACAAACAGAAACGCACAUUUAUACACACAUGCACACAAACAGAAACAUACAUACAUACAUACAUACACACACACACACACACGCACACACACACAAAAACGCACAUUUAUUCACACUUACACACAAAAAGAAACAUACACUCAUACAUACACACACACACACACACACACAGAAACGCAUAUAUACACACAUACAAACAGAAACAUACACAUAAACAGAAACAAAUAUACAAACACACACACAUAUAUAUAAACACAAACAGAAGCAUACACACACACACACACACACACACACACACACACACACACAGUGGCUUUAACCUGUGAAACCUCAUGUUUUACACUGGGCGUUAAAGGGAUAGUUCACACAAAAAUGAAAAUAUACUCACUAUUUACUGUCCCUCAGGUGUUUCCAAACCUUUAAGAGUUUCUUUCUUCUGUUGAACACUAGAGAAGAUAUUUUGAAGAAUGCUAAAACCGGUAACCAUUGACUCCCAUUGUAUUGGAUAAUCAGAUACUAUGGAAGUCAAUGGUUACCGGUUUCCAACAUUUUUCUAAAUAUCUUCUUCUGUGUUUUAGGGAGAGCAAAUGAUGACAGAGUUUUCAUUUUUGAGUGAACUAUCCCUCUAAUAUACAAUAGGCCAAAAAGUGCAUUCUGAUUUCUGAAAGCAUUGCAGAUCACUGUUAAAAGAUAUCUCAGGAGUUCGUCCCAUCGAUAGACAGAAAUUAAUCUGCUUUCUUUUCAUUUUCCUUCCUUCUGAGCCAUGUUUUCCCCUACACACUGCAACAAAAAUGCUCUCGUUUCCAGUCCAGAUAUCUACAAAUUCUGAAAUCAAGAAGCAUUUUCUUAUCCUGUUUUAAGAAAUGAGUCAAAAUGAGUGAGUUUUUCCUUAAAACAAACAAAAUAAUCCUGUUUUCGGUUUGAAAUAAGAAGAUUUUGCUUGUUUUAAGGAAAAACUCACUUCAUUUUGACUCAUUAUUUCUAAAAACAACUCAAACAUGUGUACUUUUUUAGAAAAAGCUUCUUGAUUGAAAAGUUUUUAGAUAUUUGGUCUAGAAGCAAGACUAAAUCUACUUAAGAAAAGCAUUUGUUUGCAGUGAAUAAGGAGCGGUAGCCACUUUUGUUUUGCUGUAGUGCCGUAUUUAAUGGUAAAUUCUGCUCGGUUAAUAUUUCAGUUGUGAUAUUUCGUUAACGUGACUUUAUCCUCAGGCUUCGAAACUUCUUCUCACAGUGUUUGACUGUACUGUAAAUAUUAUGAUUAUGGUAAGGAUGUAGGGGUCGGUUUGAUAGUGGUUUCACUAUGCUCUCCUCUUUAACUUUGGUCUGUUUCAUUCCCACAAACUCAAAAUACAACAAUUUUACAUUUUAAUCGGUCUGCACUGCAAAAAUAAAGAGUUUGUGUCUCGUUUCUAGCCCAAAUAUCAACAAAGUCUUAAAUUAAGAAGUAUUUCCUGGACCAGCAAAACAUAUUGUCUUGUUUACAGAAAUAAUGAGUCAAAAUGAGGUGAGAUUUUCCUUAAAACAAGCAAAAUAAUCUACUUUUCACUUUGAAAUAAGAUUAUUUUGCUGGUGUAAGGAAAAACUCACUUAAAAACUUGUGCAAAAAUAUGUAUUUGAACGAUCACAGAAACCAAAGCCAUACAAAUGCAACUUAAAGGAAUACAAGUAAAUAAUAUGAGGAAUUUAGCCAACAAUGUGCAAAAAUAUCACGUUUUCAGAAAUAUUUUGUCAAAACGAAGCGAGUUGUCCCUUAAAACAAAGUUUUUAUAUAUUAAAGACUUGUGCAAAAAACUAAAUUAAAUUAAUGUUUGAACAAUCACUGAAACCAAAACCAUACAAAUACAACUUUACAGAAUACAAGUAAAUAAUAUGAGGAAUUAAGAUAAUAUUCUGGGCAAAAAAAAUAGUUUUCAGAAAUAAUAAGUCAGAACAAAGUGAGGUUGCUCUUAAAACAAGCAAAAUAAUCUUGUUUUGGCAUUUAAUUAAGGAUGUUUAGCUUUUCCCAUUGGCAGAUUCUUUAUUAUUAUACUUAAUUUUGUCAUAUAUUUUUUGCUUUUCUAAAAAAUGCUUCUUGAUUUAAGAAUAUUUGGAUAUUUGGACUAGAAUCAAGACAUGUUUUUGCAAGUGUGGACCGUAUCUGUACAUACUGUAGAGCAAACUACUUUACUGACCUAUUCCUCGGUCUGCUGUUAGACAAUAUGGACUGCACUGCAAAUUUUUUUCUUAUUUUGUUGCUCAAUUCUAGUCCAAAUAUCUAAAAAUUCUUAAAUCAAGACACAUUUUCUGGACAAGCAAAACAUAUUGUCUUGUUUACAGAAAUAAUGAGUGAAAAUGAGGUGAGAUUUUCCUUAAAACAAGCAAAAUAAUCUACGUUUAACUUUUAAAUAAGAUUAUUUUGCUGGUGUAAGGAAAAACUCACUUAAAAACUUGUGCAAAAAAUAUGUAUUUGAACAAUCACAGAAACCAAAGCCAUACAAAUGCAACUUAGACGAAUACAAGUAAAUAUUAUGAGGAAUUUAGCCAACAAUGUGCAAAAAUAUCACGUUUUCAGAAAUAAUAUUUCUAAAAAAAUAUUCAAUAUUUUUUGCUUUUCUAAAAAAUGCUUCUUGAUUUAAGAAUAUUUGGAUAUUUGGACUAGAGACAAGACAUGUUUUUGCACGUGUGGACUGUAUCUGUACAUACUGUAGUUUACCAAUAUAUCUGUCAGGACUGAAGAGCUUCUCUGCCAUGUAACUGAGUAUCCUGUUCUACAUUAUAUAUGUGAUUAAGUUGGAGUUUAUGUGAUGCAUUAUUAUGAAUUAUGUCCUCAGAGAAUGCUUGGUAAUGAUCGCUGUAUAAUCUUCCAGCUCUAAAGGAAUGUUUGCUGCUGCUGAUGCUGAUGGCCAAUCUGUACCUUUUGUAAAUGGGGGGGGAAAGCCUCUUGUAGUCUUUCUGGCUCCCGCAUUUCAGUUCUUUAAACUCCAACACUCGUUUUUCUAAAGGACUCAGAAAUGCACUGAAAUCUUGGGAAUCUCAUGCUUUUGAUGUCGAACUGCCAUUGUGAAAUUAAAGCGUUUGCUAUCUAUUGAGAA